GUUUAGACUAGAACCAUUUCACGAUCCGUUUUAAUUCGAUAAGGUUAAAGCCUUUGUUUCCAAAACCAAAAAGUGUCGUUCAGAUCUCAGAAUCAAACAUGGAUAGCGACGAAGAUUUCGAAGCCUUACCUUCUUCUCCCGUCAUCGAACGAAAGCUUAAGCGUUUGAAGAAGGCAUCUAGGGUUUCAGAAAAUCCUCUCCCCUUUUCGUCCCCAAUCAAAUUCUCUGGAUCCGAACAGAAUUCUGGCUUGGAGGUGUCAAUUAGAGGAUCUGUCCCUGAAGUUGAAAGCUUGGGUGGUGAAAAUGUUACUGACACAGUUGAGGAAAACGAUUUGGGUGCGAAGAGGGUUUUGGAGUUUGAAUCUAUGGACGAUGAACUUGACGCCAGGGUUCCAGAGAAGACAAUAGAAGAAUCCGGGGAUAAGAAUACAGUCGAAUUAGAAAUUAAGCAACCUAGUGUAGAAGAAGUUUCAGAGAAGAAAGAAGAAAUUUCAGAGAAGAAAGGGAACAAGAAUAAGAAGUCGAAGAAGAAGGGCAGUGACGACGAUAACGGCAGUGAGAAGAAGCUUAAAGAAUCUAUCUCCAAUAAAAGAAAAGCCGAGAAGGAAAGAAGGGAAAAUCUCAAACAGCUUCGAGCUGAGUCUCAGAGACUUCUUCGCGAAACAAGAGAUGCUGCAUUUAAACCUGUUCCUCUGGUUCAGAAGCCUAUUUCGUCUAUACUGGAUAAAAUUCGAAAGAGGAAAUUAGAAUUUUUAAAGAAAUCUAAUGUUUCUUUUCAUGACAAUGAUGGCUUCCAUGUGGAUAUUGAUUCUGAUCCUCGCCCUAGUGAAGAGAUAACUAAUAAGAUUGAAAAUGCUGAAUCCGAAGAAACACCAGCUACACGCCCUGCAGAGAAUGAUUUAAGCACACUGCAUAUUGAUGGUUCCACCGAUGCUGCAGAUCAUUCGAGCCGUGAAAGUAUUCCUUCUCCUAUGGAUGUGGUUUCAGAAACUAUACAUGCAUUUCGAGCUCCCGUUGAUGAUACCCAGGAUCUCUUUUCUGAUUCUGAAAUAAAUGAUAUUAAAGAAGAGGCCCUAAAUGGGAAGUUGAAUAAGCCUUCCGAAGAAGUGUUUGCCCCAUCUAUGCUUUCAAUGAACUUGAAACUUGAUUCUGCUCCUGUUGAUGAUGAUAUGUCCUCCGAUGACGAGGACAAUGACAAGGAGAACACAGUGCCACACUUACAUGGAUCAGCUGACUUGUCUUUACCUGCAAGCGGUGACCCUGUCAAGGCUUUUGUUGAUGAAGAAGCCGAAGAGGAAGAUGACAGUGACAAUGACCUACAACGCUUCCAAGAUAAUGAAGAAGGUGACAAUGAUGAUGAUAUUGAGGAGCUUAAUGAUAUGAUUGCAACUGGAUAUGAAGAAGCGCCAAUUGAUAGAGAAAAGCGUGACCAACUCCAUCAGCAAUGGCUUGAGCAGCAGGAUACAACUGGGAUGGAUAAUCUACUCCAGAAACUUAAUUGUGGUUCAAGAUUGAAAGAUUCUGACGAUGAAGUUGACGAGGAAGAUGAGGAAAGCAAAGAAACUGAAAAUGAAUCUGACGAUGAAGUUGAAGACUUCGCUGCUCCAUCUGAUGCUGUGAGGAUCAAUCUGAAGAAGGCGAAGCAGAUGAUCCCGCAGAUGUUUACGGAUAAAGAUGAUGCAUAUGUAUCAUCUGAUGAGGAAACUGAGGAGAGGCUAGCCAAACAGUCCCUCUCUUAUAGAGUUGAGAAGAACGCUCAAUUCUUUUCACCGGCUGAAGAUGAAAGCAGCAGGGGAGUUUUCAAUCUCAUAAAGAAAUUAAAUGUUGUUCCUGAUACCAGGAUAAAAGGAAGAAUUCCAUCCAUAUUUGAUAUGCCACACAUUGGCCAAAACAUAACUAAAUCAUCAAAGUCAUCUUUUAUCGGUCGAGCUUCAAAUCAAUUUAUGCCUUCUUCUCAAAAGCAUGGAUCAAGCAAGGUUCGAUCGUCAUAUAUAUUUGGGCGAGAUGACAGCAACAGCAGACCUUCAGUGUUGAUGUCAGAGGAUUCUUCAGAUACGAUUAUAAGGGAGAGUCAAGCACCCAAAGUUGUUUCUACCAAAUUCCAAAGAAAUACUCAGAACAAAUAUGCCACUUCAACUUCUAAAUCUCAAGAGUCAAAUGUAUCACUGAUGGAGGUAUUAAGCAGGUCCUCAAAUCGUACAAAGCGUUGUGUCAAGAAUGUUGGAGUUCAGCAAAAUGAAUCUAUAUUCGAAGCAUUUAAGUUAACCAAGAAGUCAAUUAAGACAGGGGAAAGAGUUUGAUGUAUGAUGUGAAAUGAUGGUAUUCAUAUGUUUAAACCAAAGAUUUCUGUUUAUAAAAGAGAUCAGCAUUUGCUAGUCUUUCCGUGCGUUUGGGUUUUGUUGGCCAGUUCCCUUUGUGGAUACCAGAGUAAUGCAGCAACAAUAAUGAUCUCAAAAUUUUCAAUACAAAUAGAGUGGAUAAUUAUUAGGGAAACUUACCCACCCAUCUUUUAUUUUGUGUCAAGUAGUCUUCGUAUUUUAUGACAAAAUAUUUAGUGUGUUAUUGAACUUCAUUUUUCAUCCACUUCUGAUAUAGAUUUACAUACAUGAUUGCGAUCAACUACAAAUGACAUUAAGUCAAUUUGCAA